AUGACAGGCGAACCUCCACCAGCACAGCAACAACGUGCUGUCGUCGAAAUUUAUGUGCGUUCAAAAUGGAUCAAAGCUAGUUUAGCGCUCGAAGAUGAAAAUCUAUUCAUUGAAUAUGCACAUAAUAAGCAAGAUCAACCAUCACCAAGUGUACAAUUAAAUAGCACAAGUACUAAUGAAGAAACGCCACAAACUAAUGGUUCUACUAAUAAUUAUACACCAGAUACAAUAACAAGUCAGAAACGGACAGUUAAAAUAGUCAAACCAGAUAAUACAGGACUUGGAAUUAGCAUAAAAGGUGGAAGAGAGAAUAGAAUGCCAAUAUUAAUAAGUAAAAUAUUUCCUAAUAUGCCUGCUGAUCAAACUGGUCAACUUUAUGUGGGUGAUGCUAUUCUGUCUGUUAAUGGAAAAGAUUUGCAACAUGUUUCACAUGAAGAAGCAGUACAAAUAUUAAAAAAAGCUGGCAGAGAAGUGGAACUCGAAGUUCGAUAUUUACGUGAAGUAAAUGUUUUAAUGCAAAAGCAAAGCUCAAAUUAUUCUCGAAAACAAAAUCAUCAAGAGUCUCAAGAUAAUCUAACUGAAUCUAAUAUCUCGCCUUUAAAUACUCAAAAUAAAGAUCUGUCAAAUUCAAAGAAAGCUUCAACAACUACGUCAAACGAUUCAAUGCUUUAUGAGACGAAACGUAUAUCGCUACGUUUAUGUUAUAUAUUUCGUCGUUCGUCAUCAACGAAUGAUAUUCUUGUAUUAUCAACAUCGACAUCAAAUUCACCAAUAGCAGCACCAUCAUCAUCAACGGAUGGUUCUAUAUUAGAUAUUGUUUUACCAUAUGCUCAAACAUGUUAUAGCGUACGUUUUGUUGAUGAUAUGCACGCUAGAAAAUGGUUUCAUAUAAUUCAUUCGAAAAUUUCUCGUUGUCUAUUGGAAAUUCUACCUGAAAUUGAAGAAUAUUUUUAUGUUGCACGUCAUGCUAAUGAAGUUAAAGCAUUAGGUUGGCUGACUGAACAAGUUAAUAAUGAUGAAGUAACAUCAACAACUAAAUCAUGGAAACCUAUUUUUCUUGUUUUGACUGAUGCGGAAAUAUGUUUUUUAUGUUGCGCACCUGUCUCAAGACAAACAUGUCGAGAACCAGAUCUUGUUUAUCCGAUUCUUUCAACAAGGCUUGUACACUCAACGCGCGAUUCGCUUAAUGAUGCUGAUGCAUCAUUGUUAUCAUUACGCGUGGGAACAAAAUUUGGUGUUGUAUCACAUACAUUUCGAGUUGAAACCAAAGCUGAUUUAACUUAUUGGACCAAAGCAAUUAGUCAAUGUUUACAAAGUGCUGUUGUACGAACCAAAGAAGUUGUUUUUCCGUGUAAAUGGAAUAAUAGAACAUGCAAAUUAUUUUUAAAUUAUGAACAUGGCUUUACAUUAUAUAGUGAUCCAACUGAUUCAGUAACAAGUGCUGGUAAUGCAGCAAGUACUGGUAAUGUUCGCCUACUGUGGCAACAACCCUUUGAAAAACUUCGCUCAUCAGGUGACGAUAGUGAACACUUAUUAACAUUAGAUUUUCAUGGUGAAGAAGGAGUAGUGGAAUUAGAUUUUGGCACAUCUCCAAAACCGUUUGUCUUCCAUUUACAUGCGUUUUUAUCUGCUAAAGCGGCACGAAUCGGUCUUGUUGGAUAA